UCGCAGGCCGAUAUAGCGGUCUUUGAAGCAAUCGCUGCGCCGCCUCCUGCAGACCUGUUUCACGCUCUUCGGUGGUACAAUCACAUUAAGUCGUACGAAAAGCAGAAGGCGAGCUUGCCAGGAGUGAAGAAGGCUUUGGGGAAGUACGGUCCUCCUGACGUUGAGGACACAACAGGUGCAGCCACAGAUAGCAAAGAUGAUGAUGACAUUGAUCUCUUUGGAUCUGAUGAUGAGGAGGAAAGUGAAGAAGCCAAGAAACUGAGGGAAGAACGUCUAGCCCAGUAUGAAUCAAAGAAGUCCAAAAAACCAGCUGUUGUUGCCAAGUCCUCAAUCUUGCUUGAUGUGAAACCCUGGGAUGAUGAGACAGACAUGGCCAAACUGGAGGAGUGUGUUCGAAGCAUUCAAGCAGAUGGCUUGGUCUGGGGAUCUUCCAAGCUAGUACCAGUUGGCUAUGGUAUCAAAAAACUUCAGAUCCAGUGUGUUGUUGAAGACGAUAAAGUUGGAACAGAUAUGCUGGAAGAGAAGAUAACAGCUUUUGAAGAUUAUGUACAAUCAAUGGAUGUAGCUGCUUUCAAUAAGAUUUAAGUGCUGAUAUAUCUAGAAUAAAUCUAAUAGCAAAAA